AUGCAGUUUCUGGAUUCAAACAGACUCAAGAACUCAAUUUUCCUUAUCAUUCAGAUAGCUUAUUAUGUAAAUUCUUUAAUUUUUGAUGCUCCUUGCUAUGGAAGAGAUUAACAUAACAGUAAAUCGGAACCCUACAUUAAAAAACUCAAAAAAUUAUUUUCAAGAUGUUUUGAAAAAAAAGAAAAAUAUAAUUAUUUUAAAAAAGUAUAAUUUUUUAUGUUGUGCUAAACCAAUUAAACAGAUAUUAUGAUUGAAAAAUGA